AAAAUGUGGGAUAAUGAAAAAUUCGACAAUCUAACUUGGUUCGCAUGUUUUACAAAAUCACGUGAUCAAUGUAGCUCAGGUUGCUUCACAACUUGUGAUCUACCUCCAACGGAACGUUUGACACAUUGUACUCAUUCAGCAAUUGGAUAUCGAAUUGGAUGUUUUCUUAUUCAACAAACAUUGGCAAAUCGACCAGGUGAAUGUCAUAAUUUUUCUAAUCAUUCGCUGAACAAUUUAAAUCAUGUACCAUUAUUAAUUGAUCGAAAUAAUCAAACACAUGACAAUGAACAGAAAUAUCCAAUAGUUAAUGAUUGUGUGAAUCAUUGUCAAGUAGAUAAUGAUUGUAAAAAUCCUCUUCAAAUCUGUUGUAAAUCUAAUUGUCAUCAACAAUGUACAGAUCCUAUCUACAAUGAACUUGUCCCACCUCGACCAAUUCUUGUGAAUUCUGUCGUGUCUUCUACAAAUGAAAAUAUUGUGAAAUUAUUUUGGUCUGCACAAUAUCAAAAUAUAACUAGUAAAAUGAAUCCAAUUGUAUUUAUAUUACAAGCAAGAAUAUGUAUUUGUAAAGUAUUCAAUGAAAGUUAUGCAUCAAAAUGGCAAACAUUAAUUAUGACUCAUGAGUUUGGAGUGAAUCUUGAGGCAUUUGAACCUGGACGUUUGUAUCAAUUUCGUAUUGCUGCCGUCAGUAUUCAUGGUACCAGAGGAUUCGGUUUAAGCACAAAUACUUAUCCUGUAGAUCCAAUCAGACCAUCACCACCGGGACCACCCAGAAAUGUAACCGAUUCAAUGUGGAGGUUGUAUUCAUCUGGUAAGAUAAAUCUUCUACUAAGAUGGCAACCACCGGUACGAAGUGAUCUACCGUUAACUGAAUAUUUGAUAUCUUGGUCCAUUGAUCAUGGUUACUUACAAACAGAUGGAGGAACCCUAGAAGCUCUUGUUCAGUUCACUCAAACAAUCAAUGCGCCUAUCUACAAUGAACUUGUCCCACCUCGACCAAUUCUUGUGAAUUCUGUCGUGUCUUCUACAAAUGAAAAUAUUGUGAAAUUAUUUUGGUCUGUACAAUAUCAAAAUAUAACUAGUAAAAUGAAUCCAAUUGUAUUUAUAUUACAAGCAAGAAUAUGUAUUUGUAAAGUAUUCAAUGAAAGUUAUGCAUCAAAAUGGCAAACAUUAAUUAUGACUCAUGAGUUUGGAGUGAAUCUUGAGGCAUUUGAACCUGGACGUUUGUAUCAAUUUCGUAUUGCUGCCGUCAGUAUUCAUGGUACCAGAGGAUUCGGUUUAAGCACAAAUACUUAUCCUGUAGAUCCAAUCAGACCAUCACCACCAGGACCACCCACAAAUGUAACCGAUUCAAUGUGGAGGUUGUAUUCAUCUGGUAAGAUAAAUCUUCUACUAAGAUGGCAACCACCGGUACGAAGUGAUCUACCGUUAACUGAAUAUUUGAUAUCUUGGUCCAUUGAUCAUGGUUACUUACAAACAGGUGGAGCAACACUAGAAGCUCUAGUUCAGUUCACUCAAACAAUCAAUGCGUGGGUUUGCUCUGUUGAUUUCCAAGAGAAUUCUGAUGCUGAUGAAAAUAUUGUUGUUGGAGUUUCAGAAAAUAGUUCUACACAAGAAAAAGCCGUGAAGACGAAUCUAGAGACAUUACUCAACGGUCAGAAAGUUGAUGGGAUAUUUUGUGUUGCAGGUGGAUGGGUUGGUGGAAAUGCUGCUGCACAUGAUUUUCUGGAAAACUGUGACACUAUGUGGAAAAAAUGUGUUUGGUCCUCGUCUAUUGCUGCCUCGUUGGCCUCAAAGUUUCUAUUAGCCAGUGGUUUGUCAGUUCUUACUGGUGCACAUGCUGCUUUACAGGCUACUCCAUCUAUGUUAGGGUAUGGCAUGGCUAAGGCAGCAGUACAUCAGCUCACAAAGAGUUUGGCGGGUCAAAACAGUGGGCUUCCGUAUGGUUCUUGCGUGCUUGCCAUUUCACCAGCAACUUUGGACACUCCAAUGAACAGAAAAUGGAUGCCCAAAGCCGAUCAUUCAUCUUGGACCGCGACAGAAAAAGUUGCAGAAUUGUUUACAACUUGGUUGGAAGAAUCUAACAAUCGUCCACAAUCUGGAAGUAUCAUUCAAUUAGUCACAAAAAAUGGUAUAACAGAAUGUAUUCCAGCUUAA